AUGGAGACCAUGAUGCUGGUCGUUCGACUGCUCGUGGCCAUUUCAGCACUCUUCACGUGUGCGGCUGCAUCUGGUUCCUCAGCGCCAGGUUUCGCAGCGUCCCAGCUUCGGCCCGGCACGAGCUUGGACUUCGACGAGGUCUCACACGGCAUCUACACACCCAGCCGUGCUAGCGCCAUAUCUCACGACGCUGUGCCAGCCGAGUUUGGCGACAAGUACUUCAUGUCUGGCGCACCGAUCUUUGUCUUUCCCCACCGGGGCUCUCGGAUUGCCAAGUCGUCGCUGGACGAGGCACUGGCGACGUUUGGCAGGUUCCACAUCUACAGCCCUGCCACACGCCAGGGCACUUCGAUCAAGCUGGAUCCUAGACAAGCGGGGCUGGUGAUGCGGACGGGCGAGUUCGGUGAUGUGCGGGAGUACAUGCAGCGAGUGGACGCGACACGCGUCUGGUUUGGACCACACGCCACCAUGCUAGCCCACGGUGCUCCAAUCAGUAAGAUCACCAGGAAGUAUCCAUGGUCCAGAGCGGGGAUCAGGACGCCAGAGUGGGAUGAAAUAUGGAAGGCGAAGGCGAGACCACAUGAUGCAAGAUUGAGUAAGCCAGAAGUGCUCAGAGCGUACCUGAGGGACACGUUGGAAACGAAUAGGCAUGUGCGGUUCGAGACCAGGCACGGGAGUAUGGGUCUGCGCGCCCUACCCAGCGGCCAAAUCGAAAAGGCGUUCCGGGAUCUCGUAGGCGAAACGACCUACUUCCAUCCGUAG